GAAUCUGCCGAGUUUGUGUCUGCAUGAGGGAAUGAGCAGGCCCCAGUGGUGGGCCCUAGAAGCCUAAGAAUCUCACAGGCCCCUCCUGUUGACCCAAACAGAAACUGAACCAGAGAGGCUAGUGGGCAUAUUUUCCCUGGACGUGCAGAAUUCAUAUGCUCCUUCUCUACAAGUGAUUCCCCAGAUCAUAAUCCUCUGCUGAGAUUUGGGUUGGAUUCGAGAAUCUAGAGAAUUCCUACAGCUUUGUAACUUUAGGAGGUGUGACCUGCUGAGAAAUUCACCUUUUGAGGAGCUCUGCGUUUUGCCAGUCGUCUCUUAUAACUGAGUGCCAAAGAGAGUCGAACUUGACCAGCAGUGACACUGAGAAGUUGACUGGUUGGAUUUGAGCUGGACUGCUCUCUGGCAAAGGACUCCAUGAAAGAUGACAGAGGAAGUUAUUGUGAUAGCAAAGUGGGACUACACUGCCCAACAGGACCAGGAGCUGGAUAUCAAGAAAAACGAGCGUCUGUGGCUGCUGGAUGACUCCAAGACGUGGUGGCGUGUGAGGAACGCGGCCAACAGGACCGGCUACGUGCCGUCCAACUACGUGGAGAGGAAGAACAGUCUGAAGAAGGGCUCCCUCGUGAAGAACCUGAAGGACACGCUAGGCCUCGGCAAGACGAAGAGGAAGACGAGCGCCCGGGACGCGUCCCCUACGCCCAGCACUGACGCCGAGUACCCAGCCAACGGGGGCGGUGCCGACCGCAUCUACGACCUCAACAUCCCUGCCUACGUCAAGUUCGCCUACGUGGCCGAGAGGGAGGACGAGCUGUCCCUGGUGAAGGGGUCGCGUGUCACCGUAAUGGAGAAGUGCAGCGAUGGCUGGUGGCGUGGCAGCUACAACGGGCAGAUCGGCUGGUUUCCCUCCAACUAUGUCCUGGAGGAGGUGGACGAAGCAGCCGCCGAGUCCCCCAGCUUCCUGAGCCUGCGGAAGGGCGCCUCCCUGAGCAAUGGCCAGGGCGCGCGGGUCCUGCAUGUGGUGCAGACGCUGUACCCCUUCAGCUCGGUCACCGAGGAGGAGCUCAACUUCGAGAAGGGGGAGACCAUGGAGGUGAUCGAGAAGCCCGAGAAUGACCCCGAGUGGUGGAAGUGCAAAAAUGCCCGGGGGCAGGUGGGCCUGGUCCCCAAGAACUACGUGGUGGUCCUGAGCGACGGGCCUGCCCCGCAGAUGAGCUCCAUGGGGCCCGCGUGCAGCGGGCGCUUCGCGGGCCGGGAGUGGUACUACGGCAACGUGACGCGGCACCAGGCCGAGUGCGCCCUCAACGAGCGCGGCGUCGAGGGGGACUUCCUCAUUAGGGACAGCGAGUCUUCGCCCAGUGACUUCUCCGUGUCUCUGAAAGCUUCAGGGAAGAACAAACAUUUCAAGGUGCAGCUCGUGGACAAUGUCUACUGCAUCGGGCAGCGGCGGUUUCACACCAUGGACGAGUUGGUGGAACACUACAAAAAGGCACCCAUCUUCACCAGUGAGCACGGGGAGAAGCUCUACCUCGUGAGAGCGCUGCAGUGACGGCCCCUCCCACGGCCCUGCCACCUGCCACCUCCAGGCCCUCGGUGCUGGCUGCACUCACCUCCCCAGAGCCGAGCGGAUUGGCCCCAAGAAGCGGCCGCGCUCCGGGCCCUCCCAUCGCGGCUCCGCUCUGUCCGGUGGUUCAUCAUGUUUCUUGGCUUCCUUUGCCUCAGUUCAUCUUUGUGUGCCGGUCAGUUGUUUUCCACCCCCCUCUCCAGCUGCCCUGCUCCCAGCCAGGGCCAGGGAUCGGAGGUGAAGAGGAGCAUCCGUUCACUUUAUUCCUGGGCAACUGAAGAUGGCCUUCGUGUGUUCAGGUGGUUCAUGCUAACAGAACCCCCCAUUAGAAAGGCACCGGCCACGGUUUGAGUGCACCGAAGCUGCCAUUAAUCACUGAACUACAGGUCGCUCAGAAAGCGGCGUCCACGGGGCUCAGGGCUCCCUCUCGGGCCAGGCGGCACCCGCGAGGUGCCUGGUCCCGGCCACCCUGGCUCCGUGCCCCUUGCCCUCGCGUGGCUCCCAGACUGUGCAGAGAGCGCACCUGCGCUGGCCAGAGCAGGACCAGGACCCCCGGAUGAGACCGUAGCAAGGAAACUCCAGUGCCUUCGGGGCUAUGCUUGCAAUAAAAGAAAUUUCCUUGAAAGUCAGUCCGCGGAAGCAGGACCGGUGACUCAGAGACAGAUGCUGUGGUCAUUUCCCCCCAGAUGUGCCAUCCGCAUAGUGCUCUUUCCUCUUGCCCUUCAGCUUGUUUAAAUUUUACAAUUAUGUAUUUAAUUCUCAAAGUAAUAUGUAUUUGUAGCCAUUUGUUGACACUAAUACAGAUGAUUAAGGAAAACAGCUGAUCUUUGGGGAAGGGGAGCUACUGUACACUUCACACACUUUACACACACACACACACCAUAUAUAUAUACACACAUACACAAACACAUGUAUGUGUGUGUGUAUAUAUGUGUGUAAAAACUAUUUGCUUUACAGGGAAUUUUUCAGGGUUUACAAGAGAAUAUUUGAUUGGUAGUUAAGAGACACAGAAUGUUUAUGAAGAAAUUGCAUUUUUUCUUUACAUUUGAACUUCUUUAUAGUUGAAAUCUACAGUCUUGCGAUGGCACAUUCCUACGACUGAAGAAGGGGCCUCAAGACCCCCUAAACUUGCAUACUCCAUUUUUUGGAUAUUGUAAUAAAAAAAAGUAUUAUGACAAG